AUGACGAAGGUGAGGAAGGUGGCGACUUCCGUCGAUCGCUGUGGAAACGAUUAUUGUGAUCCGAUUCGAUUGCAUGGAUUGCGCUGGCGAACACGGGGAUGGCAGCACUGCCAUUGUUAUCAUGGUUUAUUGGACUCAAACAAGUCAACUAAGCGGUUCACGGCCGUCAUGUCCCGCUUCUCAGCAUCUAGGAAAAUAGCUAGGCAUCAGUUUGAGUUCGAGAUUGAGACCCAGAA